UGCUUGCUUAAGGCCACAGAAUGAGCGCAGUUGCUUUCCUCUCAGUCUGAGAGGCAACUGCAGGUUUUCCUUUGCUUUCGCUCCCCUUUUUGUGCCAAGCCUCAAAGGACUACCCUGCAGAUUUUCUCUUUUUGUUUAGUUAUCUUUUUACCUUUCUCCCACCACAGUGUUAUUAUUGUUGCCUGAGAGAUACAAUGCCUGUAGUUGGUGUGGCUUCCAAGCUUAGGCAACCCUCUGUGGUGGGCACCAAGCCAGUGCACACUGCCCUCCCCAUCCCCAGCGCUGUCAGAGCAGCCACCUCACAAGGCUUCAUUGCCCGGCAGCAGGAACUUAGGGCAAGCGACGGGGCCCCAGCGCUCAACUGCCAGCUCUCAGUCAGGUCCGAGUACCAGCAGGAGAGGAUGCCGGGAGGAAAGUCCAGAGCAGAGACCGAGGAGAGCAAGAUCUGCAAGAUAUACACAGACUGGGCCAAUCACUACCUGGCCAAGUCUGGCUGUCCACGCCUCAUUAAAGACCUGAGCCAGGACGUCACCGAUGGAGUCUUGCUGGCGCAGAUCAUCCAGAUCAUAGCGAAUGAGAAGGUGGAGGACAUCAAUGGUAGCCCCAGGAGCCAGUUGCAAAUGAUCGAGAAUGUGGACGCCUGUCUCAGUUUCUUGGACGCCAGAGGAGUGAAUGUCCAAGGGCUCUCAGCAGAAGAGAUCAGGAAUGGCAACCUAAAGAGCAUCCUUGGCCUCUUCUUCAUCCUUUCACGCUACAAGCAGCAGCAGCAGCAACAGCAGCAGUACUACCAGUCCCUGGUGGAGCUCAGCCAGCAGACCAGCAGCACUGCACUGUCCACCAGCAGCCUCAAAACACAAGAGAUGCAGUCCAGUCUCACAGCACGAUAUGCAAGUCCUCCAGGCCACAGUGGAAUAGGGACACCGCAGAAGAAAAACACAAGGUUACCAGGGCCUUCUAGAGUACCCACUGCAGGCAGUGGGGCAUCCAGAAGCCCUGGUUCAUCCAACCUCAAUCGUCGGAGCCAGAGCUUCAACAGCAUCGACAAGAGCAAGCCUCUUCAGUAUUCAAGCGGCAAUGAUAGAGAGUCAGCGAGGGGCAUCCCUGUACCCAGUGGGAUGAAUGGGAGUAGUAUCGGUGGGAUGGUUCCCACCAGCCUCAGUGGGCAGCAGCUGGCCUCUGCCAUCCCCUCACCCACAGCUGGGAAGUCCUGGCGCAGCAAGUCCAUGAACCUCAAGCACAGCGCCACUUCCUCCAUGCUGGCAAGCCCCACUCAUUCACCUUCCACCACUCCUUCAUCCCAGGCCCUGGAAGCACUUCAACCACAUGGAAGUGAGGGGUCCAAAGUCGGGUCGGGAGCUGCGCCUUCGCAGAGGUCAAUGCUGGAGAAGUUCCGACUUAUUAACCCUCGAUCAGCCUCAAGAGCAUCACCAUCCAUGUCAGAAAUGACUCUUCAGGAGGAAGAUGACCUAUCAGAGUACGGUGAUGAUGGACAGACUCCGACUGGGUCAGUGUCCAGUAAUGGCAGUAGCAGUGCUACCAACAAACAGAACUCAACAAAGACGCCAGCUUCAUCCCUUUCUGCACCUACCAAAACCUCGUCUUCAUCCUCCCCAAAAACGUCUGCGAGUGGCAGUAGGUCCUUGACUCCAUGCAAAGACAAAGAGGACAAACACAAGUCUGGGAGAAUGUCAAAGGAUAGCUCUCCUCCAAAAGAAGAGCGUGAGAAUGCAGUGGACUCUGCAAAGAAAACCUCCAAAAUAGCCAGCCUCAUCCCAAAGGGAGGAAAGUCAUCGUCAGGGAAGAAAGAUGGAGGCACUUCCUCAGCUUCCAGCGGCAUCCCGAAACCAGGACUUAAAGGUCCGUCCACAACAUCGUACAAACCUCAGAGCCAGUCCCAGAACCAGAACCAAGCUGUCUUAAACAGCAGUGGCAACAUGCGGUCAGGUGAACCAGAGAGAGCCAAGCUGACCAAAGGAGGACAAGGUGGGAGUUUUUACAUACAGCGCUCCGCCGGGGGUCCAGAGGGCAAACGGACCAGCAUGACCUCGUCUACCAGUACCUCAGCCCUGUCCGGAUCCAAUGGGAUGCUUGUAGGUGGAGGACUCGGAGGGAAUGGAGUGGUUCAGCUUCCACAGCAGCAGCAACACAACCACCCCAAUACUGCCACGGUGGCACCCUUCAUGUACAGGACAUUUUCAGAAAACGACUGCACCAUGGUGGCCCCAGCUGACCCCUGCCUCAGCCCCACCAAGGGAGAGCUGGUCUACAGCAAGACAGCCAAACAGUGCCUGGAGGAGAUAUCAGGAGAGGACCCUGAGACGAGGCGUAUGAGGACAGUCAAGAACAUCGCUGACCUGCGGCAGAACCUGGAAGAGACCAUGUCCAGUCUACGGGGGACGCAGAUUAGCCACAGUACAUUAGAAACAACCUUCGACACUACCGUGACGACCGAGGUAAAUGGGCGGAGUCUCCCUGCCCUCGCUGCACGCUCCUCCCCCAUGGCCUGGCGUCUUGGCCAAUCUCAAACCCCACGUCUCCAGGCAGGCGAAGCCCCAUCUAUGCCAAGCGGGUAUUCUGCACCCAGAUCAAGCACAGCGGGUGCUGCUGCUAACACAGGCCGAUAUGGCAGCCACUCAGACUCCUCCAGAUACCUUUCCGACAGUGCCGUCCAUCUGUAUGCAAGGAACACAGGUCGAUCCUCGGAUGUGGCUUCCACCCGGGAGAUUGCCCAAAGAGGAAGCAAAGAGAUGCAGGGUGACAUUGACAGCUGGGAUGACAGCAGCUCAGUGAGCAGUGGCCUCAGCGACACGUUGGACAACUUCAGCACUGAUGAUCUGAACACACCAGCGUACUCCGCCACAAGCUCGUCCCGCAAAAGCAAAGGAGCACAGUCCCAGAAAGGGAGCAGGUCCAAGCAUGCUGAGCCGGAGGUGAGCAUCAGUUGGGUCGGAGCUGAAGACCUGAAAAAAGUGGAGGAGCUGGACGUGAGCAUGGACCCUAACGGUAGCCCCUCCCGCUGGAAGCCUUCCUCAUCUGCCUGUACCCCCCAAACCCAGGGUCAGUAUGAGGAUACUGGCCAGAAGGCAGCCGGGCUUGCCCAGAUGUCCCAGACAGGCUCAUGGAGGAGGGGCAUGACGGCCCAGGUGGGAAUUACACCACCCAGGACCAAGGGGACCUCUGCAGCACUCAAAACACCAGGUAAAACAGAUGAUGCUAAAGCCUCAGAAAAGGGCAAGGUGCCUUCCAAAAGCUCCGCUGGGAUACAGCGCUCACCGUCAGAUGCUGGGAGAAGUAGUGGGGAUGAAGGCAAGAAACCUCCCUCUGGUAUUGCUCGCCCACCUGCCACCAGUUCAUUUGGAUACAAGAAGAUCCCUGGUCCUGCUGGUACUCUAAUUACCUCUAGUGGUGCCGCCCUCACCAGUGGCUCAGCCACCCUGGGCAAAGCUCCCAAAUCUUCAGCUGCCCUCGGCAAAGGUACGAGCAUCAGUGGUGUGCGUAAAACCAGCCUAGAUGGCUCGCAGCCCCAGGAUGACGGGAUUCUCCUCAACUGCAGCGGCUCCAAAGUCACCCUGCAGUACCGCUCCCUCCCCAGACCCGCCAAAUCCUCCAGCGGGGCAGCAGCAGGGCGCUGCGGAAACCGCUCCAGCUCCAGCAGCAUCGAAUCAAAUGUCAGCGGCAAGUCAGCAAGCGGGGCAGCAACACAGACGGGUGCCAAACGAAGGGAUGGAAAGGUGGGCUCAGAACACUCCAGUCCCAUCACCGUGAACCAGACGGAUAAAGAGAAAGUAGGGGUGCCAGACCAAGACCCAGCAGCAGGCCUGUCUACCUCUCCAAAAUCCAGCACCCCCUCCAAUUCAGCAGGCCAGUCAGGCCUCAGGCAGCCAGGAUCAAAAUACCCAGACAUUUCUUCUCCUACCUUCCGCAGAUUAUUUGGCACCAAAGCCAGCAGCAAGGCAAGCUCUCCGGGCACGCCCGACUCUGGCAAGUGCCCGUCAAUACUGGGUAGCCCCCACGGCACGCUGGCGAGACAGGCCAGCCUGGACUCGCCUUCUUCUGGCACGGGGAGCCUGGGAAGCGCUGGUGGCCUGAGCGGCGGCAGCAGCCCGCUGUACGGUAAAACCCCCGACCUGUGCACUGACUCCCUGGCUUCCAGCCCAGCCUCUGGCCUUUCCUUGCCCUCCAAUGCUCGCCCCUGGCCUGCCUGUAGCUCGUCAGCCGGCAGCAAGGACACACUAAGCUGCCAGAGUAUGACCAGUCUGCACACCAGCUCUGAGUCCAUUGACAUGCCGCAUUGCCAUCACGGGCCUAAGGUUAUGCGAACCGGCAGUAUCAAGUUCACCCUGUCUGAGGGCAUGCCCCUUGACAGAAACACGCUCCCUAAAAAGGGACUGAGGUACCCACCAUCUUCUCGGCAGACAUCCCAUAAAGAAGGAAAGGAGUGGCUGAGAUCGCAUUCGACAGGAGGCCUUCAGGACACCGGCAGCCAGUCCCCACUUUCUCCUCCAGGAGCUUCUUGCAUCACCACUGGAAAAUACCACUACUCCAACCUUUUGAGCCCAACCAACAUCAACCAGUAUAACCUGCCACCAGGGAACAACAGCAGCAUGAGCCGCUCCAACAGCAUCCCUGCUCAGGACUCCUUUGACCUGUAUGGAGAGGGUCACCCACUAGGCGGCAGUGCAACCUCCCUGGAGGAUCGACCGCGGGCCAUCAGUCGCUCAGGUUCCUUCAGAGACAGCACUGAUGAAGUACAUGGCUCAUCCUUGUCUCUGGUCUCCAGCACAUCAUCACUUUACUCUGCGACUGAGGAAAAAGCCCACUCUGAGGGCCAAACUGUCCAAAAUUCCACGCAAAUCAGAAAGCUGCGCCGGGAGCUGGAUGCCUCUCAGGAGAAGGUGGCAACCCUCACGUCUCAGCUGUCUGCCAACGCUCACCUGGUGGCAGCCUUCGAGAAGAGCCUCAGCAACAUGACCUGCCGCCUACAGAGCCUCACCAUGACCGCUGAACAAAAGGAAUCCGAGUUAGUCGAGUUGAGAGAAACCAUAGAGAUGCUGAAGACCCAGAACACAGACGCUCAAACGGCAAUCCAGGUGGCGCUCAACGGUCCAGACCACCUUCACAAAGACCUACGGAUUAGACGGCAGCACUCAUCAGAAAGCAUGUCCAGCAUCAACAGCGCUGCCAGUCAUGCCAGCAUGGGCAGCUUGGGCAAGGAUGCUGAGGAUAAAAAGAAGAAGAAGAAGAGCUGGGUGGCUGAUUCCAUCCCAGCUCAGCUGCGCAGCUCCUUCAAGCAGGCAUUCAGCAAAAAGAAAACCAAAUCACAGUCGGCCCACGACGAGAUGGAAGAGAUGAGUGACUCCAUGCCCUCCUCGCCCAAACUGCAGCAUGACAACAGGCAAGGGAGCAUUGCAACGCUGCGCUCCUCCCCCUCCACCACAGACAAGUGCAUUUGCGACAGCAAGUCCUCCCCACUAUGGACGCCAAAGAAAAAGCAUAACGGUCAUGUGGUCUACAAACACAGAUCUCGGCUGUGCGAAUGCACCGAGGCCGAGGCUGAAAUCAUCCUGCAGCUGAAGAACGAGCUCAGAGAGAAGGAGCUCAAGCUGACAGACAUCCGCCUGGAGGCGCUCAGCUCUGCACACCACCUGGACCAGAUCCGAGAGGCCAUGAACCGCAUGCAGAAUGAGAUCGAGACGUUGAAAGCAGAAAACGAUCGCCUCAAGUCAAGUGGGAACGCCACACCCACAGCGACUCGCGUCAAGACAGCCCGGCCACCCUCCGAGGCAUCCAGCACUUCCUCAUCCUCCUCGCGCCAGUCAUUGGGACUGUCGCUCAAUAACCUCAACAUCACUGACACCAUGAUGUCGGAUAUUCUUCUGGAUGAUAGUUAUGAGGGAAAUCUCCGUAAGGAAAGUCGAAGUGUGCGGAUAGUGGUCAGCAUUAGCAGUGGGCCAAAAACCACCAAGGGUCCACAAAGCCAGGAGUACCUGAUCGGGUCUAUAGGCGUUAGCGGGAAGACCAAGUGGGACGUCCUAGAUGGGGUCAUUCGACGCCUCUUUAAGGAGUAUGUGUUCCGGGUUGAUCCAGGGGCCAGCCUGGGUCUUAGCUCUGACAGCAUUGUGGGCUAUAGGAUGGGGGAAGUGAUUCGCUGCCACGCCUCUGAAGUGCCUGAACUGUUGCCCUGCGGCUACCUGGUGGGCGACAACAACAUCAUCAAGGUUAACCUGAAAGGUGUGAGAGAGAACAGCAUAGACAGCCUUGUGUUUGACACACUCAUUCCAAAGUCCAUAAUCCAGAGGUACCUCAACCUGUUGAUGGAGCAUAGGCGAAUCAUCCUCUCAGGGCCCAGCGGCACAGGAAAAUCCUUCCUGGCUGCCAAGCUGGCUGAGUACAUCAUUAGUCAGAUGGGGCAGGAGGUGACAGAGCACAACGUGGCUAGAUUUAAUGUGGACCAGACUUCCAGCAAGGACCUGCGUCAGUACCUGUCCAACUUGGCAGAGCAGUGUAACUCUAAGAGGACAGAUGCAGAGCUCCCCACUGUGGUCAUCCUGGACAACCUCCACCACAUCGGCUCUCUCAGUGACAUAUUCAACGGCUUCCUCAACUGCAAAUACCACAAAUGCCCAUAUGUCAUCGGUACCAUGAGCCAGGGGGUCUCCUCCUCUCCAAACCUGGAGCUACACCACAACUUCAGGUGGGUGCUGUGCACCAACCACACAGAACCAGUCAAAGGUUUCUUGGGUCGAUUCCUUCGCCGGAAACUCAUCGAGACAGAGAUAAAUAAGAACAUGCGCAGCAACGACCUAAUCAAAAUCAUCGACUGGAUCCCCAAGACCUGGCAGCACCUCAACAACUUCCUGGAGGCACACAGCUCCUCUGAUGUCACCAUUGGGCCUCGUCUCUUUCUGUCCUGUCCCAUGGACGUAGAAGGUUCUAGGGUUUGGUUCACUGACCUGUGGAACUACUCCCUGGUACCCUACCUACUAGAGGCUGUCAGAGAAGGAUUGCAGCUGUAUGGUAAGAGAGCAGUGUGGGAGGAUCCCUACAAGUGGGUGAACGACACAUAUCCGUGGAAUGCUGCCUCUCUGCAACAGGAAGGCCAGUCGCUGCUCCAACUGAGGCCAGAAGAUGUGGGAUACGAUGGCUACAGCUCGUCCAAGGAGGGGACAUCGUCCAAGCAGGUGUCCCAGAGCGACACAGAGGGAGACCCUCUGAUGAACAUGCUGCUACGGCUGCAAGAAGCAGCUAACUACUCCAGCACCCAGAGCUGUGACAGCGACAGCACCAGUCACCAUGACGACCAGCUGGACUCCUCCUUGGAGUCGGCCCUAUGAGCCCAAGACCAGCGAUGGCAGACCUUGAUCCUUCUGAACCUCUAAAUCCUGGAAAACCUUUGAACCCGAAAAACUAUCUCUCCCCCAACCCAUAAGUACAAACCUGGUCAGGUCGCUAGUCCAUCACAGGACCCGCACUACAGAUAUAUAAUAUAUGAAAAAACUUAAUACCCAAAAUAUAUCCUCAAAUUGAAAAAAAUAUCCCUAUAUUUUGAUGGUGCAAUAUAAAAUCAGAAUGUUUUAUGUUUUCAGAGGCUUUACCAACUUGGUCCUCGGUAGUCACAGUGUUAUACCAAACCACAGGUUGGAGACUGUCUACAAAAGUGCUGUCCUGUUCAUUGUAUUGAACCUUUUAUAAAAAUGUCCAUAUGUGUUUCUGAUGAGAAAUAUCAGUACCUCUGAUGUUUAUUUUUAAGGUGUGCUCUGCAACAAUGAGAGACACUUUGGUUUACUUUCAGACGUCAAUUUCCAAAGCGUCCCAAAAGCAACAAAACUGGAUUUUUAAAAAUUUUGUUUACCCAGUUAUAUCUACAGAUGUUUACAUUGGUAAGGCUGGUUCUGUUACGUCUUUCCUUGUUUACAGAGGUGCUUCUUACAGACACACAUGCAUAUACACAGAGGCAGCAGGGAGGAAAUCAACUUGGAUAACAUCAUUUUACCAGUCCAAUCCCUUGUUUGAUCAUAAUGGAGCAUGCCAGAGUCUCCUUGAGCAAGGCACUAUGUCUUUACUAUUUUAAUGGAUCUCUGAUUCAGCAGGGUGGCAGAAAAGGCAGGGCAGGUGUAGUGUUUUCAGGGGGUUAUAAUGCCUUCCGAUGCUUUGCACAAAAACUGGUGAAGAAGGUUUAAAUAUUUUAUUGUAGUAUUUUUGGCAUCCGACGUGGUUAAUAUAGGAGAACUUUAAGCCCUUGCAGUUCAACUAAGAUCAGAAGUUGUCUACAUUAUAUAUUAUAUAUUAUUUAUUGAAGACCCAGAUUUGGCCCGGGGUUGAAUGGGGCCGUGGCUGAAUUUUAUUCCUAGGGUUCAAUUUCUAUUAACCUCAUUCCCCACUAACCAUCACAGCAGGACUAAGGUCUCUUUCAUAUUGUCCACCUUUGAUCAUUUUUGGUUACAUAUUGUGUUGAAUAUUUGUUUAUAUUGUUCUGCUCUUUACAUAGUUACACUAGGAGUCAUAUUAGUUGGUUAAUUGGUCAGGCUAUCUGCUCCAGUAGUCAGCCUGCCAUUCAUAGCUUGACAACUAUAGUUUUAAAACAGCAUCACCUUAAGAAAAGUGAUGGGUGCCCUCCAUUAGUUUUCCACACUAAUGGAAGGGAAAGGUGUAUUAGCCUUCUUUCAGCCAGCUGACUGGCCAUCUGCAGCAGCAGCAGCUGGGGGAAGUUGCAGCAUUGCAUUAAUUUAUGUCCCCCUUCACACCUUUCCUUAUAGCUCAUUAAAAGGAUUUUAAACCAUAAGAACUUUAUGAUGGAAAUUCUAGCGGCUUGGAGACCAAAGCAUUCUAAAAAAUGUGGUACUAGUAACCAGCCCAUGCCUAGUGAUGACCAGUUAAUAUUUUGUGUGCUGCACAUAACACUGAGGGUGUUUUUAUUUUGGAUAAACAGAAGAGAUUUUCAGUGAGGCUAAAGCUAGUGGCUAAUCAGAUCUGAGCCAGGAGCAAAUCCUAAAAAUUUCACAGCUGUUUUUGAGAAUGCUGUUUUAUUAACUACUAACACGCUUUAAUGUUUGCAUACAGUAUUUACACCUAACAUUCUGAACCUGUCCUGCAAAAUAUUAGGUGGUCUGGGGCAUCCAGGCCAGAGUGGGACCUCAAGCAGCCCCAUUUCCUGUUUAUGCCUUGGGACAGCUCAGAAAAAUCAGCAGACAUUUCUUUAAUUCUCGUGGUGCUGGGUCCGUGGCCUGAAUAUUUUUAGUGUCAGCCACUGCCAAGCUGUUCCAAAUGCCAACAAGCACAAUGAAAGUGUGUUAUCUGCGUGACGCCCAUCCAUCCUGCUAAUGUGAAGACAACAUGGAAUAGUGCCAAUGUUUCCCUUUGAUUUGACUGCCAAAUGUUCACACUUACAGACUUUAAAUUGAAAGCAAAGCCCACCAUGGUUGUAGACUCAAGUUCUCCACCCUCCAAAUGGCUUGUGUCAGUUUUUAGCUUUAAGCCACAAAGGUGAAUGUCUGCUAAUGUCUUUUGUCUUUAGCAUUAACCCACAUGGUUUUCUGCAAAAUGAAGAUAGGUGACAGGAAAUGUUCAGACAGACUUACAAAAACUGAAAAGUACUUAACCAAAUAACUCAAACUCUCCAUUGAAAUUGUUUUGGAUGUUCAGUACCUGCAUCCAUCUUUGUGCAAGAGGUAUUCAAAAACCAAUUGAAACUGUUGUCUUAUUACAGUUUAGUUAGAUCAGCCAAGAGCAGUAAAAGGGAACAAUAAUAUUGGUGCUUUCUAACUGCCUUAAAUGUUCAAAGUUUCUUGAAGCAUUAUUUGCUCUCUCUGGCUGUUUUAAGAAGAAUAAAUAUUUAAUGUAUGAUCAUGCUAACCUGGCCUCCUCCUAUGUCCAAGAUGCUGCUUCUAGUACCAGAUGCAGCAAUUACUGCUUGCGUCCCCAUCUUCUUCAUCUGAAGCACCCUUGCUGCUGUCUGAUAGUAAAAAUUAAGAGACAUAAUGUUGUAUUUUACUUCAAAAACAGACCAAUAUUGUGUAACAAAACACAAAAGAGGGGUGAAUGGUGGGGUGUUUUUUUUUUAGUUGUUAUGUGCCCAGUUGAGCUGGGCUCACUUAAAUUUCCAGGAGCACAACCAAACUGUUUGGGGAUUUUUAGCCUGAUGAGCAUGUUUUGAAGCUUUUUAAAAAGGGCGGGGGGCAUAGAGAAGAGAUCUUUACCUUUAUGUAUGCGUGACCCGGAUGGAAGAAGCCAUUUAGAAUAUUGAUUGUCCUCUCUUUGUUUAAGUGGGUCGGUUUUGCACACUAUAAGGUUGGGGUGGGCUGUAAAUACUUAUAAAAAUUCUUGCACAGUGAAUCAAAGAUGCAUUCUGGCCUGUUGGUGUUACAACAUACAAAACCCUGUGAAGAUAUUGUCAUAGUAUGAAAAACAGAAGAAAAAGUUGCAAAAACUCAACCCGCUGUCAGAAACAGGUGUGUCUCUUGUGGUGAUUUGAUGUUUUGCCUAUGCAGGAGGCAUUAAUUGUACAGUAAUAAACUGUUUGAACACUAAACUGAAAAAAAUGUAGGCAUCUGUCCAAUACUCCUUAUUCUACCAUGAAAUACGCUGGAUUUUUCCUGUCUUUAGGAAUGCCUGUUGUUCCUUAAAGGGAACGUUUAGGAUUUUUAAGGUGAGGUUUUGUUAAAAGAUUAUUGGCAACUAACAUCUUACCACCAGUAGCUAACUCUAUUGCCAUCUUUACUGUAUAUCCAGAUUAGUUGAUCCCCGAAACUGAAGCAACCAGCUAUUCUGAGAGGACCAAAGACCAAAGCGGACUUUUACCUAAUCAAAACAACUACAACCUCAAGAAACAUCAUUGCAGUUUAUGCUAACUCUUUUUAAGGCCGUUGGUUAUUUUCGUACCUUUUUAGUUAGGUCGUUUCUCAUCCAAGAUGUUUCGUACCAGCAGUUUGUCGAUUUAUACCCUGCAGGGAAACUUUCAUACCAGAUUUGACAACCACAGUUUAUCACCAUUAUCUGUUAUUAAAAUGAAACAAUGUUGGGACAAAAUGGAAUGGGAGUAUAGACUGGCUAAGGGGUGAAUUGACCCACAGCCUUUUAAGAACAUUUAAGUUGUUAACACAUUUGCACUGGAAGGUGAUUUAUCCGGAAGCGCCCGCAGGGAUCAUCCUGUGUAAAACAUCUGAUUUUGAAGAAAGCAAAGAGUUUCUUGACAGAAAAGCAAGGGAUUGUAAAAAUCAUUAAAGUAUUUACAUUAACCUCAAGCAAUAUCCGCUUUAGAGUCACCGUUUCAUACAAAAACGGUGACUCUAAAGGCCUGCAUACAAUCCACAAGAGCCGAGAAAUGUGAUCAUUAUUUUAGAGCCCUGGUGUGGGAGUUUGUUCUCAACAUAUCAUCUAGACAGAACUUAUUUUCUGUGUCCAACAAGUUUUGUAUGGUUGGUCAGAAAUUUGAAGUGGCUGUGGUUAAUGCAGAAAAAAGAAAAUGUGUCAUUCUAUUUCUUCUCAGUACUUGCAGGGUAUGUAAAGGCCUUAACGGGAAACGCUUUUUAUGUUCCAUUCUCAGUGUUUGUUUCACACAGGAAGAUUAUGGGUGGUGCACUGCCUCCAACCUCCAUUUUCCUUGCAAAUUGUCAGAAACCUAUGGGUAAAUAACCACCCACUGUUAACAUGACAAUGUUUCCAAGGCUCAAAAUACAGCUUUCGUUAAAACAUCUUUGAGAUUUCAGUUAUAGUAGUAGAAGUCUUUGAUCUUGGCCCCUCUCUGGCUAGCCAUAAGCUUCAGUGUCUGGAAACAACUAACCUGGAUUUAUACAAAAUGAAGAUGCCAAAUGAAGUUAACUACUGUAGGUAAGAUAUUACCGGUUUAGAACUUACUUUAAAAGCCCUGAACAAUCCUUUCAAAAACCACUUCCUCUUUGAUGAUUUUAACCCUAACUCACCACCACCUUAGGAUUGCUAGCUGUCUGAGGCACUGAAGUUGACCCGACACCGUACUGUACACAACAUCUGACAGGUGCUACUGGUCAGUAAGAAGCCCACCAGAGACCAAGAAGUCUUGUUGUCACAACCUCAGGACAAACCCUCUACAAUCCUACCUGUACUCAGCUUCACACGUGUCUCUGCAGCCCAGUCUUGGAUGGUUGCUAACCAGGUGGUGUAGUUGCAUGCCAAGCGUGAAAAUACUGUGUUUACAGGUUGCUCUCUACCUAGACUUAAACCCAUGUAUCAAAACGUAUGUACACUCCUGUUAUAGGCCAUUAGUUCCCAAGAUAAAAGCACCUUGACACCGUUAACAGUGUAUACCAUUUUGUUGAUGCCCAACUGGUCAUUUUUCCCACUUACACUUUAGAGUUGCAUCUCAGUUGAAGACCAUAGCAUUUACUCUGGUUUGAGAGAAAGUUUUGUUUCUUUCCGGAUGAAACAUUUGUCCUUAAAUGUUUUAUAUUUUGUACAUUUGUAUGUAACAUAUCAUGUAAAUAUACAGAGACGGUGAUUUAACUCAUCUGGAGGAUUUUGUAGUCUUUGUAAAUCCCUAAUAAAUGGUAUUUGGUGUCACUCAA